AUUAUGAAUUGGUCAUGUAUUUCUUAAUGUCGUUUCACUUCAUUUGUUCUCAAGUCAAAUGGUUUGACUCAUCGAAAAACAAUUUUAGUUUCUAAUUGUUUCAAAUUUUGUUAGUUGACUCAUUUUCUCAAAAACAUUCAGAGUCAUUAAUAUUUUCAAAAAUAUUUGUGUCCUCUUAAUAAAAUAGUCAUGUAUCUCAUCCCUCCCAAUUUUUACGCAUCUUCACUCUCACAUUUGUCCAGCCUCGUUGUGAUCAUCUUUAAUCUACUAAUUUUGCAAGGAUUACACUGUUCCGACUUAUCAAAUGUGAAGAAGACGAGUAACGCAGUGAAAGUGGUCACCCCAUCGCCAGUCGUAUUAAGAAAGGCGAAACUAACGACCGAUUCCAGUUGGAUCUCAGCCUCUCUAAAUCGCCAUAAUUAUCUCCGAUCACUCCACAACGCUCAACCAUUAACGCUAAAUACGACGCUCUGCGAAAUCAGUCAAGCCUGGGCGAACCAUUUAUUGGCUCGUUCCUUGGAAAAUAUUCGAAGCAAUGGGAACGUCGCGAAGGACAAUUUUUUCUUUGACCACAACCACGCCACGAAUCAGAAGUACUUCAUCGGGGAAAAUCUCUACUUUUCCACGCACUCGAGAGGCGUUCAAGUCAACGGGACGAUUGCAGUGACGCUGUGGUACAAUGAGAUUAAGGACUACGACUUCCAAUUCGCCCGGGUCAAGGUCACCUCACGAGCAGAAAGUUUAAUAGGACAUUUCACCCAGCUCGUGUGGAAAAGUUCGACGGACAUGGGGACCGCUUUCGCCACCGGACAACUCCCCAACGGACAACUCGUCACCUUUAUCGUGGCAAAUUACUACCCCGCCGGAAACGUCCUUUAUAGGCCAGACUUCCCACAAAAGCUGUACCUCAAAAACGUAGUGCCCCCGGUUAGUGACACAGAAAAUGAAAUUGAGGACGUCGAUAAGGUCAUUCAGGACAAGAUACAGUUCUGGGAGUUAUCUCUGGUUGACAUUACCACUCCUCAAGCCUGGAUUGACCAAGCUCUCAACAAGCACAACGAGUACCGAGCUCAUCACGACUUUCCCCUCCUCACAGAAAGUCCUAAGUUAUCCGGACUCGCGCAAGCCUGGGCUGAAUUCCUGGUGGCAAAAGGUGUACGAGAUUUCAACUCGAAAUGGACAAUCGAAGGUCGCCACGGGUUUAAGAAUAUCGCAGCCACGGAGAAGGCAGAAUUCGGUGAAAACAUUAUUUACCUGGUGGGUGACGGAUUCGUCAAUCCGGAAAGCGUGGUCACCCUCUGGUACGAACAGCACAACUUUUACGACUUUGAAAACAGGAGACCCAACUCGAACAAGAGUAGAACAGCGCAGACAAACGAUUUCGAGCAAAUCAUGUGGAAAGCGACGACCCAUUUCGGCAUGGCGUUUGCCUCCGGGGUGGCAGAAAAUGGUCAAGUGAUCACCUUCGUGGUGUCGUAUUAUUACCCACGCGUUCCAAACUGGGCAACAUUGCGAGACAAAAUGGAAAACCUUCCGGACAGCAGUGCUCACAAAAUCGUCGUUAUUCCCAACAUAUUUAUUUUUUUAACGAGUUUAGGUGUACUUUUAACGUCGCAAAACGUAUUUUAAAACAAAUAAUUAAUGCAAAAUAACUUUACAUUUAUUUAUUUAUUCAUGUUUGUAAAGCAUUCCGUGGUGUAAUUAAUUUCGGCAUAAGUUAAAAAUAGCAUUCUUGUCAUCUUUCGUAAGUAAAUAUCCUCGCUGUGAUUUAUUAUACGUAUAUUUUAUAAAACUAACUCUCGUGAAGUUUUUCUUUUUUUGUUUUUGAGGGAGAAAAAUGCAAAUUUUCGGCCACGUUUACCAUCAUAACUUUGUCUAAACCGAGCAUUACGAAAAAUCCCGAAAUAUGUGUUCAAUUAUUUAUGUAAGGCUACAUAAUUAUCGUGGUUUCAUCAAAAUCGGAGCUAGACCGUUGGCGUCAUCGCAUAGUCAGUACAUUACAAAUGGAUAUAAUAUAAUAUCUGAAUCAGGCAUGUAUUCUUGGUCGGGCAGAGCCAUAAGCUUGCAUAGACUCAGCAUGGCUCUGCCCGACCAAGAAUACAUGCCUGAUCUGAAUUAGAAUUAGAAGAGGUGUAUGAUUUUUAAUGUAUUUUUUUAACUUAUUUUGUCUCUUUUAUGAUUUCUACGAUUUUUAUUCAGGUUAGGGAUUUUUAAUGUACGACUCCUUUGUUAGUCAGCUUUUCUGAUGUGUAAUUUGUGUAAUGCAAUGAUAAUUAGUGAAAUAAAAACUUAAAAUUUAA